UUAAUACAUUCAAAUUACUCUUUUUGUUGUUCAAGAGUCAAGACAUUGUGCGUUAGUUUAAUAUGAGUAAUUCGACUGCUGUUGUUUUAUUUUGUACUAGUUCAUUAGUUGUAAGAGAGAAAAGGUUAUUUUCUUAGCGGAGUAUUUAAGUCCUAAAGUUUCUUUUAAACUAGAAAGGGUUAAUUUUAAGUUACAUCAUACAUCUGAGAUUGUGAAUUAGAUUAAUGGUGUAAUGUUUUAGUUCUUUUUAAUAUUACAUCUUGGUUUAGAUUGUGAAUUCAAAUUUAUCUAGGGCGGUCCAGGCAAACAUUCAAUGAAGAGGCAAACUGAUGUCAAAGAAACUAUCUACUCACAGAGUAGUCAUUCCGAAUGCUGUUUUAGAUUGCACUGUGUUUAUUAAUACAGUACUAAAACUAUUGCUUAAUAUACAUUUGGUUUUACAAAAGAGCAUUUGUUUCUGUCAUCUUGAUUUUCCUCCUCACAAGUGAAUGUUUAAAGAAUCCAACGCUGCAAGAUAAAAAAAUCAAAGACUCAUUUAGUAAAAAUGUAAAAUAGUCGACAACAAUGUGCAAACCUGUCGUUGGUUUUGGUUCGACUAUUUGGAUCUCUACUUUAGUUUAACAAACUAUAAUUGGUCAGAACCUUUUAAACAAAGGGCUUCAUUUUGGUAUUGGAAAAAGAUAGGAAGAAAGUGAAAUUGUAUGUAUGUAUGAUGUUGCUGAUGAUUAGAGCUGCUUUUUAUAGUUCUGCACUUUGUUGUCUGUUUGCCGCCUAAAAUUGGAUCAUACAUUGAGAUUCUGCUAAACUUUGGUUUUCUUGUAAAGAUGAUGAAAAGAUUCUAAAAUUUUCCCAUGUUUUUUCCUCAAUGGGUUGACUGAAGGACGUGGUUAAACUUUAUAGUUUCCUUUCCUCCUUUCGUUUGAUGUUUUAAUCGCUAGCACUAAAAAAAGAUCUUAGCACUAAAGGCUUUGUAUUGCAAUUUGCAAGGAUUUGUUCAAUACGGAUGUCAAAUUAUUGUGUUUCUAAUUUGAAGCGUUCAAUCUAUGUAUGUGAACCCUCAUAGAUAAUUAGGUGGCUAUCGCCAUCCCACGCCCUCUUUUUCUUGUCACAAGGGUGAGUUUUUCUCUUUAUCAAUUCUUAAAACCAAUUCCAGUGGAGGGUUUAGAUAACUAACAACCGCAUUAAUUUGACUUUAUAGCUUUAUGGUUUAGGGAUUGUCUGGUAUAUUAACCUAAACUUUGGAAGUAGAUAGCAUUUCAAUUAUUAAGAAUGACAAAUUGAGAAGUAAGAGUAAAAUUAAAGUGCGAAGAAAAAAUUAUUUGUUAGAAGUAGUUGAAACUUGAUAGCUUAGUAAAGGUAUUGUUGUAGGAUUCCUAGUGGAAUUAAUUAUGCAUAUUCUGUAGAAUAUAAUCGCAUUCUUAGCUCUUAAGAAAGACAUGACAAUUCCACCAGGCUAAAGUAUAGCUCCCACUCCUAGCCUCUAUCGACUUUCAGUUCUGAAUUGACGUAAAAUAACGAUCCAUUACCCUUUCUUAAAUCUGAUAUAAGAACUGUUUAGUUUAAAAAAUAAAUUUUUGUUUUCGACAAAGUAGAAUAUAAAAUGUAGUAUUUUGUGGAAACAAAACCCAAAGUCUCAAAUAUUUGAAUUGGCCUACAACUACAAGGGUAGUGGGGAGGGUGGGUCCUACCUCUAAAUAAGAAGUGAAACUUUUAAUUUCUUUUCCACAUGAUUACUGGGGUAGAAGUUAUUCAUGAUGACAGAGUCCAUACGCUUCAUGUUCCUAUUAAACUACCCUCCAAAUCCAAUCAGCUUGUUCUUUCUAAAUCUGAAAAGAAACUAAAUAUUCACUCAAGAAGAAGAAGAGAAGAGAUGUGAAGAAGAGAUUUCUGGUGGUGGCAAAGGGAAAAUUAGUAGAAAGGAUCAGUCCAAUUUGAUGUUCAAGUGUAUAGAAGAAAAAAUGACUUGGUUUAUUGAAAUUUCAAGCUUUAUGAUCACCAUUUCAAUUGUGAUCAUUUUGGCCUAUCCUUUUCUACCAUCCUAUCCUCCAGCAGAAGCAAUAAAAUCAUCCGAUUCAAAUCCUGAUCCUCUGUUCAACUAUAAACAAUCACCAAAUUUCAAGAACUCUCCAAAAUGUUCAAUAAUUCCCACAAGUUCCAUUAGCACAAAAAUUUGCAAUCCUUCUCUAGUCCAUAUUUCAAUGACCCUUGACAUUAAAUUCCUUCGUGGAUCGGUCGCUGCAAUUCAUUCAAUCCAUCAGCAUUGUCACUGCCCUGAAAAUCUUUUCUUCCAUUUCAUUUCAUCUGAUACAAAUCUUGAACCCCACUUGGAAAAAAUAUUCCCCUUUUUGGCUUUCAAGAUUUACUAUUUCAGUCCGGGGAUUGUGCAGAACAAGAUUUCUUCUAGCAUAAGGCAAGCUCUUGAACAUCCAUUGAAUUAUGCAAGGAAUUACUUGGCUGACCUCUUAGAGCCCUGUGUUGAAAGGGUCAUAUACUUGGAUUCUGAUAUCAUUGUAGUUGAUGACAUUUCCAAUUUGUGGAGAAUAAGUCUUGGAUCAACAACUUUGGGAUCACCCGAGUACUGCCAUGCUAAUUUCACCAACUAUUUUACCCCUAAAUUUUGGUCUCACAAGAAGUUUUCUCGCGCGUUCCAUGGCCAGAGACCUUGUUACUUCAACACAGGUGUAAUGGUGAUUGAUUUAACUAAAUGGAGGAAGUACAGAUACACAAGGAAACUAGAAAGAUGGAUGAAGAUUCAGAGAGUGCAUAGGAUAUAUGAGCUUGGUUCAUUGCCCCCAUUUUUAUUGGUAUUUGCAGGGAAGAUAGUACCAAUUGACCAAAGAUGGAACCAGCAUGGACUUGGAGGGGAUAAUUUGAGUGGAAGUUGCAGAAAUAUACAUGCUGGUCCUGUUAGUUUGUUGCAUUGGAGUGGAGGUGGAAAACCUUGGCUCAGGCUGGAUUCUGGCAACUCUUGCCCUCUCGACGAGCUCUGGGCUCGCUACGACUUGCAUGGCUAGAAAUAACAUCCAAUGAUCACUUGUCGGCCUUAUCGUUGAAAAAUAGUCAUUGUACUGAAAUUUCAAAUUCAACAAGUAAAACUCCAGAAUAAUGGCUACUUUUCAAUUAUAGGUGCUGAAAAGUGGUUAUUUAUGAAUUUUCCCCUAGCACAUACCUGACCAGAAAUUUGACAAUUAAUAAUUUCCCUAUAAAAUUCUGAAUGCACCAUUUUGUGAAUCAUCUUAUCAAUCAUUGAUAGUACCUCUAAGUUUAGCGUUUGUGCACCAAACGUAUGUAAGUUUUUUACACGACCAGAUUAAUCCACAGCGAUAAAUGA